UUCAUUUACAAGCCCAUAUCAAAAUAGCUGGCCCAUGGGCAGACCUCAGUUUUAUGACGGAACACCUGAUUGCUUCCAGACUCCAGUCCAAUUCUCCUCCUUGACUUGGAAGUUCAAAGCAUUUUGCAGAACAAAAUAUCAUUUCUCAAUCUCUUCACCGUCAUAGACCUCAAAGUAUCUAGGGCUGAUUCAUAGAGCGCGAUCUCCAUUUCAGCUCGGUAGUAUUCGCUACGUUUAAAUUCCGGCGAGAUUUCGCCGUCAGAAUUGCAAGUGUUGAGACGCUAGGAGUUGGUUAUGGCUGCAUCAGAAGAGAACAGCGCACUGUUUCCCAUCUUUGUAUUGACAAUAAUAGCGCUGCCUCUGGUGCCAUAUACUUUUGUGAAUUUAUACCUCACAUUCAGGAAAAAGACCAAGACAGUUAAUUGUCGUUGUUCGACCUGUUUCCGCUCGGGGAAGUAUCGGAAGUCCAUAUUCAAACGUAUUUCAAACUUUUCUACUUACAGUAACCUGACAGUGGUGUUGCUAUGGGUUAUUGUGGCGCUCUUGGCUUUCUACAUCAAGCAUAUCAACACUGAGGUCCAAAUUUUUGAGCCAUUCAGCAUACUUGGAUUAGAACCUGGAGUUUCAGAUUCAGACAUAAAGAAGGCAUAUAGGAGACUUUCCAUUUUAUACCAUCCUGAUAAAAAUCCAGACCCAGAGGCUCAUAAGUAUUUUGUAGAUUAUAUCUCCAAGGCUUAUCAGGCUCUAACAGAUCCUGUAUCACGUGAGAACUUUGAGAAAUAUGGCCAUCCUGAUGGCAGGCAGGGCCUUCAAAUGGGGAUUGCUCUCCCGCAAUUUCUUCUCAAUAUUGAUGGGACUUCUGAAGUGAUUUUGCUACUUGGUAUUGUAGGAGUUUGUAUUCUUUUACCCUUGACAAUAGCCGUUAUAUAUUUGUCAAGGUCAGCAAAGUAUACAGGGAACUAUGUCAUGCAUCACACAAUGUAUGCUUACUACCAUUUUAUGAAGCCUUCAUUAGCUCCAAGCAAGGUCAUGGAAGUAUUCAUCCGGGCUGCUGAAUACAUGGAAAUUCCUGUUCGUCGAACUGAUGAAGAAUCUCUUCAGAAAUUAUUUGUGUUGGUUAGGAGUGAGCUAAACCUGGAUCCUAGAAACAUCCGACAAGAACAAGCUAAGUUUUUGAAGCAGCAUCCUGCUUUAGUGAAGACAGAAUUGUUGAUGCAAGCACAUCUUACCCGUGAGACGGCAGCUUUAUCGCCAUCACUGGAGCGUGAUUUUAAGAAAAUGCUUGCUCUUGCACCUCGUCUUCUAGAAGAACUAAUGAAGAUGGCGAUCAUACCUCGCACCCAACAGGGGCAUGGAUGGUUAAGACCUGCAAUUGGAGUAGUUGAGCUAUCCCAGAGUAUAAUCCAGGCAGUCCCCCUCAGUGCAAGAAAACCCACUGCCGCAUUAACUGAAGGCUACGGCCCAUUCCUCCAGCUCCCACACUUCACCGAGUCCGUCGUCAAAAAGAUCCGACCGAGUACGGUGGCAACGGAGAGUGGAGGAUGGCGACAAGCAACGGGCUUGGACGCCAUUAAUGGCGGACGAAUCAAAAAAGAAAAAAAAAACUUCGACAUAGUUGAAAAGUUGGAAUUCAUGGUGUCGAGAUUUAUGGCGUUAUUGGGGAUUGAAAAAUUUGUUGAGAAGGGGAAUUGA